AUGAAAAAGCCGUGUUUCAGAGUCAUUACCAUAGUUGUAGGUCUUUGUUUUACUGAAACAAUGACAAACCCAUCAAGAAGCAGUAUGUUAUUCAAUUCUGAGUGCCAAUGGAAUGGACAUCACCUCACAAACUGUUCUUUUACUGGAAACCGUGAGAUACCUGUGGACAUAUCACAGACAGCAGCUACAGUGGAUGUAAAUUCCAGUUUCUUUAGGGUUCGCUUCCAAUCUCACACGAAAAAAGAAGAAUGGAAUAUAAAACAUCUGGACCUCAGUAACAACCUCAUAUCAAGAAUAACUUUAAGCACUCUUGCCCAUUUACAUGCUUUGGAAAUAUUAAACCUCAGCAACAAUACCAUCUGCUCCGUCUCAGUGGAUCUAGCCAACCUUAAGUCCUCAUGGGUGAAGCACCACAGAAGCAGCUUGAGAAAUGGGCUUCCAUUUCUAAAGUUGCUAAUUCUUCAAAGAAAUAAACUCAGCGACAUUCCCAAGGGUAAGUACAAUUUUAAAAGAUCGACUAGACCAAGAAACAAUGAGUAUGUGGAGAAUAAAUGUUUAAUGUCAAUAAGAAUUCCAUGUUUGUUUUCAGUUUCGAGGAAACAGCCGAAAGUAAAGCAAUCUGAUUAG